GGCAUGUAAACAAACAUGGCGAGCGGGGAGGACGUCACUGACACAAUUCCAGAAGUUGACGCAAAAUUGGAAGGCCUCACGGUGUCUGGUGAGGCGGAAAUGACAAAUAACAUAAAUCAAGAGGAAUCUCAAAUAACUCCGCUAGAGAAUGGCGUAGAAGUACACUGGGGGUUCUCUUUGCAGGAACUCUACAGAAUUGCUCUGAAGUUUUAUAAAGAGAAAGAAGGGAAGGCCGUUCAUUUAGGGUAUGCUGAGAAAUGUACACUAGUGGGCCUGACCCAGCAAGUGACGCAUGGCCCUUAUGACCCAAUGUCUUCACCUCCUGUUGGAGUUCUGGAUGUUGUGGGGAAGGACAGAAGAUUGGCAUGGCAGGCUCUGGGAUCCAUGAGCAGAGAAGAAGCCAAGCAGCAGUUUAUUGACAAAGUAAGCGAUCUGGUGCCAACUUUCCGUCCUUACGUUGAGGCUCUGUGGGCUGACAAACUGGAGAAGGAAAGACUAGCGAGAGAAGAGGAGGAGAGGGAGAGGGAAGAGGAAGAAAGAAGAAAAAUCGAGGAGGAAGAGCAGAAGAAAGAGGAGGAAGAGAGAAGAAAACAGGAGGAGACCAAACGACAGAUUCAAGAGGCCCUAAACCAGCAGACAUAUGAGCAGUUCCGGAAGUAUGCUGAGCAGCAGUUCCCUGGGAAUCCUGAACAGCAAGCAGUGUUGAUUAGACAGCUGCAGGAUCAGCAUUAUCAGCAAUACAUGCAGCAAGUCUACCAACAGCAACUUCUCCUUCAGCAGCAGCAACAGCAGCAGCAACACCAGCAACAGCAGCAACAAGAGUUGACGGAAGAUAUAAAUGGCCAACCUGGCCAUGAAAGUCUGACAGAUGGGGGAGAGGAAAGUCCCGUUCCUGCAGAAAAUGGUCGUGAGUCUGAUGGCGGUGAGGACUCUGAGGAUGAAGAUUCGUGCCAAAAUAUUGCACCUGCUUCCAUGUGGACAAGACGAGAUAUACAAGACUUCAAAGAGUCCAUUAGGCAUGAGGGUGGUGACUCGGUUAUUAAAGUUGGUCAUGGAGAGACUGUGACAGUGCGUGUUCCUACUCAUGAAGAUGGUACAUGCCUAUUCUGGGAGUUUGCUACGGACAGUUACGACAUUGGUUUUGGUGUAUACUUUGAGUGGACUAAAGACUCGAGUAAUGUGGUUUCAGUCCAUAUCUCGGAGAGUGAAGAUGAAGAGGAGGAGGAGGACUUGGAAGGUGAAGGCGAUGAUGUUGAGCGGCUGGCGGGAAGGAAGCAUGAAAAUGGUAGACCAGCACAGUCGGUGAUUAUUCCAGUAUACCGUCGCGAUUGCUAUGAAGAAGUGUAUGCUGGCUCUCACACUUAUCCUGGUACAGGUGUUUACCUUCUCAAAUUUGAUAAUUCGUAUUCUCUCUGGCGAAGCAAGACACUGUAUUAUCGUGUGUACUAUACCAGGUGAGACAAGAGAUGCACAAGGCCAUAAUGAGGCCGUUCAUCUAUACCUGGUAGUGUAUCAACCUAUAUCUUUGUUGAAGUAAAACUUGGAUGAGGGAUAUUGCAUAUUAUUAAUGUAAAUGGACAAAUCUUUUAAUUAUUUUUGUAAAUAUUAUGCUAGGCUGAAGUUUAGCAAUAACAAUUUAAGAUAUUCAGAAAUAAAAUCUGCUUAUAGUUUUGCAGAGUCAAAGUGUUCCACAACCAGUUUCAGGGUCCUUCAAAGUUACGAAGCCCUUCUGUUCUUUGAGUGAAUGAUUUAAAAGAACAUGUAUAAAUACUAAGGUUUCUGAAUAUAAUGUUCCAUAUAUUUGCUAUGAUUGUGGGACAUAGUUUAUGCUCAAAGAAAAGAAAAUUUUCAUUAUGUAAGGUAGUGACAGUUGAGCUUCUAUUAUCUCAAGAAAAAAAUUAUUAUUUGGAAAGAAAUUAAAGUGGAUUUGCAAAAUCCUCUUAUUAAUUACUAGAUUUUAGACGUGCAUCUUGGUGUCGGCCCCAUCAUGCAAAACUCUAGCUUUAGUUUGUUUUGUGUUUUGCCUUUUGUUGCAAUUGGCAAAGUUAAGUAAAAAUUCUCCACUCCACUAUUUUAUAAUGGUUUUUACAUUAAGUGAUGAAAGUUUGUCUUAUGAUGCAUUUUCUAAGCAAAAUUAUUCAUUUAUAUAUGGAGACUGUAUGCUUCACUUGUGUAAAUAUACUGCUACAGGGCUUAUUUGCUGUGUAUAUAUCAAACUUCUUCCUACUUUUGCACAUUUUCAUAUUUAGAAUAUGUUUUUAUAUACAUUAUAAAGCUGAAUAAGAACACAUGGCAUGGCUAAGUAAAUAAUGCAGACGAUGAGUCACAUGGCUGAAGAAAUGAUGGCCAAACCACAACUCGGAAAACGGAGAAGUGAUAACAUUUUGGUCCGUCCUGGACUAUUAUCAAGUCACAUGACUUGAUAAUGGUCCAGGAUGGACAUAAACGUUGUCACUUCUCCAUGUUCUGAGUUGAGGUUUGGUCAUCACUAAGUAAAUGAUGUUUCAGUGUGAGGAGAGCAUUUUAAAUCUUGUUAAUGAUAUCAAAGACCCUACAUUACUUACUUUAUUUUUUCAAUAAGUUUGCCAUUUAAUUAGUAAUAUUUAGAUAAUUUUUUUUGCAGCUACUUUCAGUUCAAUUUUGAACAAAAUAUAUAUUCUGUAUUACAGUAUUAAAAUGCUGUAUAUGCUUUGAAUCAUUCCUCCAAAAUUAAUUUGUAAAUGCAAUUCAUAAUUUUAGGACCAAUGAAUAAAAUGUUAACAUGUUAGGCUCAUGUUAACUUGCGAUCUUCUGAUUUUUACUUUGAAAACAAUUAUAACAUUUUAGUGUUGAUUAUUGACAGUUUGAAUUUAUAUUACCUGUAUUGCUGCUUAAUUUGUUAAUUAGAUUUCAGCGAGUUGAAGAAUUUUGAGAAGUAUGUUUUAAGUGCUAAUAUUUAGGAUUUUUUUUUUUAUAAGAAAGUUUAAAUGGAAUGAGUUGAGUGUAAAGUAUAUGUAUAAUAAAAAAAAUGGGGAAUGGGUACUCUGUGGAAUUUAUUAAUAUUCUUUCUCGUGAGGUUUGAGUACAUGCUUUGAUAACUGGGUAUAUGCUUUGAUAACUGGGUAUAUGCUUUGAUAACUGGGUAUAUGCUUUGAUAACUGGGUAUAUGCUUUGAUAACUGGGUAUAUGCUUUGAUGACUGGGUACAUGCUUUGAUAACUGGGUAUAUGCUUUGAUAACUGGGUAUAUGCUUUGAUAACUGGGUAUAUGCUUUGAUAACUGGGUAUAUGCUUUGAUAACUGGGUAUAUGCUUUGAUAACUGGGUAUAUGCUUUGAUGACUGGGUACAUGCUUUGAUAACUGGGUAUAUGCUUUGAUAACUGGGUAUAUGCUUUGAUAACUGGGUAUAUGCUUUGAUAACUGGGUAUAUGCUUUGAUGACUGGGUACAUGCUUUGAUAACUGGGUAUAUGCUUUGAUAACUGGGUAUAUGCUUUGAUGACUGGGUAUAUGCUUUGAUAACUGGGUAUAUGCUUUGAUGACUGGGUAUAUGCUUUGAUAACUGGGUAUAUGCUUUGAUGACUGGGUAUAUGCUUUGAUAACUGGGUAUAUGCUUUGAUGACUGGGUAUAUGCUUUGAUAACUGGGUAUAUGCUUUGAUGACUGGGUAUAUGCUUUGAUAACUGGGUAUAUGCUUUGAUGACUGGGUAUAUGCUUUGAUAACUGGGUAUAUGCUUUGAUAACUGGGUAUAUGCUUUGAUGACUGGGUAUAUGCUUUGAUAACUGGGUAUAUGCUUUGAUGACUGGGUAUAUGCUUUGAUAACUGGGUAUAUGCUUUGAUGACUGGGUACAUGCUUUGAUGACUGGGUACAUGCUUUGAUAACUGGGUAUAUGCUUUGAUGACUGGGUACAUGCUUUGAUGACUGGGUACAUAUUUUGAGGACUGGGUACAUGCUUUGAGGACUGGGUACAUAUUUUGAUGACUGGGUACAUGUUUUGAGGACUGGGUACAUGCUUUGAGGACUGGAUACAUGUUUUGAUGACUGGGUACAUGCUUUGAGGACUGGGUACAUGUUUUGAGGACUGGGUACAUGUUUUGAUGACUGGGUACAUGCUUUGAGGACUGGGUACAUGUUUUGAGAACUGGGCACAUGUUUUGAGCACUGGAUAUAUGUUUUGAGGACUGGGUACAUGCUUUGAGGACUGGGUACAUGCUUUGAGGACUGGGUACAUGUUUUGAGGACUGGGUACAUGUUUUGAGGACUGGGUUACAGACAAGAUUGCAUUCAAUCAUUGCUCACCAACUAAAUUGAAUUGGCAAAUUUUUUUGUUCAUUAUAGUCUUCAGUAAGUAGCCAAUGCUCUUUCAAUCUUGACUCUUGGCUCAAGACAGCUCAAACUCUCUGGAAUGUUACUUGGUGAACAUAACGUUUUAACUGCUAAGCUCAGCUCAGUAAAAGUAAUACUGAUGAUAAUUAUAAUAAUAAUAAUAUUAAUGUUGUAAUUAAAUAUAAAUAUGAGAUGUAUUGAUUGAUCUGAAUCUAUAUACGACAUUUAUAUAAGUUAGUGUUGUACCUGACUUGAUGCAUUUAGAAUUGCAAUUUUUGGCAUCUUUAGCAUUCCCCCAUAUUUCUUCUGUCAGUGUUUGGCAAAUUGUCCAGUUGACUUGUUCUGGAUUUGUACUUAAUGAAUGUGAAAUUCCAUAAAAGAGGUGGCUCUGUAUUUAGAUUUACAUAAUGUCCUUUGUAAAGAGUGAAUAUGAAGUAUAGCAGCAGUUUAGACUCAUCAUUGAUGACAUGGGCUAAAAUAGCUAUUUAAAUUACUCAUCAAUGAUAGUCAUGGUGCUCUUUAAAUUUAUCAUAAUUAUAAUAUAUUUUUUACUUAAUGUACAGCAAUAACUUAUUAGUAUAUACAAAAUAUUUUGAGGUUGUCUGUUGACAGAUUUGGACAAAAUAAAUUGUCUUAGUUGAUUACA